AAAUCAAACCUUAUCUGUCAAAAAAUAUCAAAUAUUUGACCUCCGGGCAAACAGUGUACGGCCACCUUAAGACGAUUUCAUUUGGAAUUGCUCUAUGGUUAAAAUGAAUCCCACAUUCAGGUGAACUACCCUAUAAAUCGCAUACAAGUUGCAUACUGGAUGAAUAAUUCAAGAUUGUGUUCGUUCAAUCCCACGUUACACUGCCAUGCUUCCGCCAUACAUACUAUCAUACUGUUAUUAUUGCCAUUCUAUUCCGGCCGAAGAAAAAUAUUGAAUCAACUACAAGCAGACACAUUUCGCAAUUUUUGGACAUAAAACAUCAAUGAAAAGUAGCAAAAAAGAGUGCUGAAUUUACUGGAAAUGAAAUUGACAAUUAUAUUGCUGGUUGGACUGUCCGUUGCCGCGCACGACGGAGCGAGGAAUGAUUCCAACUUUGUUGCCACUGAUGAGUGGCAGGAGAUUGGUACAGGACAAGCGAUUCCACAAGGUCUCCACGUGCGAAUCAAUUUGAAAACCGUUAAAAAGGAGGCAAAACUUCUGGCGAAAGGAAUCAACGACACUCAGUCGUCGGCAUCGUUAUCAACCAUACCCGGGUCCGAUGUGCAGGACCACGAUCCACUACCACUGCCGUUCGGCGCAAAACAGCUGAAAGCAGCUCUGCAGAAUAUUCCCGGUGAUGAUUUUAUGAGCAACCACGAGGAGGAGCUGGAGAAAAAACCAAAAUUCAAGAGUUACUACCAAAUAAAGCUAGAAUUGAAGGAAGCAAAUCUUGAGGUGAUGAGCGACAGUGACACCAUGGGUUCGAUCUUCGAGCUGUUUGACUCCAAGCGCAAUCAGCAUCCAUCGGGCCUCAAAUCGCUUUUCGAGGAUCUCAAGUAUCUGGUUCAUCAGAUUGAUAAUGCGAACGAGUUCAUCGAUCGCCAGGGGAUCGAGAAAAUUAUAUGGCCAAGUCUGAACGGAACAGACUCUCCGGUCAGGGUCCUUGCGUUCGAAUUGCUUGGCAUUGUUGUGCAGAAUAAUCCCAAGGCCAAAGUUGCGUUGUUCGAGCGCAGCGGGGGCACAAUAUUGCUUGGAAAAAUAUCACAAUUGUCCAGAUCGGAGGAAAUCUCCGCUGCAUUGUUCGCCUUCGGUGCUUUGAUACGAAAGUUUCCUUACGCCCAGACAAAGCUACUGAAUGCGCACGGAUACAGCAUGCUGUUCGAUGUUUUGAACAAACAGGUGGAGCUCCGGGUGAAGGUUAAAGUCAUCAUAUUGAUCGCCGAUUUGGUGGAUGACUAUGAGUACGCUCUAUCAGAUGAGAACGAGGACGCCACGACAAAAGAACGGUACGGGUCCACCAAUUUGACCGAAGGACUGCGUAAGACAGAGUACUGUAAAGUGGCGGGUGAAUUUAUCCGUCAAAACAGAAUCGGUUUCGAGACUGACAUAAAUCUAGCCGAGGAAGUCGUGAGAGCCCUUAGGAGAAUGGUUAGAGCAGGCCUCUGCCAGGACAGCUGGUCUAGCUGUGCACUGUUCCGUCACACGCUGCUGGUGUUGAGAAAUAAUCUCGACACGCGGCUUGAUGACGAGGAUAUGUCGGAUUACUACAAAGAUGUUCAGCAAAUGGUUGAUGAAUUUGUGGCGGAGUUGUAUAGGAGCUUGGGAAAAAAAGAUGAAUUGUAAUGUUGCUAUAUGGAUAGAAUAAAAAAUUAGAAGAAGUGGGAGCAUAGUUGCAAUUACUUUU